AUGGCCUUCACACAAAACAAGCUACUUUUCAACACCAUGCUUUGUGGCUUGCAAAUCUGUGUGCUCUACCUACUUUUAGGUAAUUCUUCUGCAUUAAAAGUGACAAUUCCCUCAUAUACUGUCAGUGGCAUUGAAGGACAGCCACUCAGACUUGAGAUUGCUUAUAAUGUCAAGGUUGCCAUUUCUGACCUCCAGAUAAUAUGGCUGUUUGAAAAACCAACAACAGACCCUAAAUAUCUGAUUAGUUCUGCCAAUCAAUCAGUUGUUCCAGACUUCGAAUAUAGGCACAAAUUUACACUUUCGCCUCCAAAUGCAUCUUUGCUGAUAAACUCUUUACACAGAAGUGAUGAAGGAAAUUAUAUUGUAAAAAUCAAUAUCGGUGGCAGUGAGACAAAAUCAGUAACUGAAAAGAUUCAGGUUACUGUUGAUGUGCCUCUCACCAAGCCUGUCAUAUACAUGGAACCCUCAUUUGGAGUUGUAGAAAAAAAAGGAAACAUUACUUUGAAGUGUAUGGUGGAAGAAGGCACAAGGGUGGUUUACCAGUGGAUGAAAAAUGAAAAUCCAAUUGAAGAUGACAGCAAUGGCUCCCUGACUAUAAACAAAGAUACACUUUCCAUUGCCCCUGUUUUCAGAGAAGCUAUUGGGAACUACAGCUGUUUAGUAACCAACCCUAUCAGUACCAAUAGGAGUGAUAUAAUCAUGCCAACAAUAUAUUAUGGACCCUAUGAACUUACCAUAAAUACCGCCGAAGGCCAGAAAGUAGGAAAGGUGUUUACACUUGAUAAAGGUGAAGCUGUUCAACUGUACUGCUCAGCAGAUUCCAAUCCACCAAACAUUUAUUCAUGGAUCCUGAAGGCAAACAACUCCAUAUAUCCAGUACAAUAUGGAAGAUUUCUUGAAAUUGCAUCUGAGCAGGUGACACCGAAAACAGAAUAUAUAUGCACUGCUUACAACAACAUGACUAAAACCCACGUUGAAACCCACAUUCUGGUGAUAGUAAUGCCAAAAGGACUGGAUCAGCUAGCUCAGAAAGGGAAAUAUUUAUCCCCUCUGGCAAUAGUAACUGGAAUUUCAUUAUUUUUGAUAGUAUCAAUCGGUAUUUUUGCAUUAUGGAAACUAUUUCGGGCACAUAAAGUAAAACAGGAGAAAUCGAACAGAAAAGCCACCAGGACUAAAGCACGUUACCGAAGAGGACAAACUAAGUCAGGAAAUGAAAAUACAGGGGAAGGAGUAUACGAAUUUAUUGAAUUUACAAAUUUUGCAGGAACUCCAUGGGCAUCAAGACGGCGCGUUCCUGACCCUGAUGUUGGGCAAAGUCAGAAUGUUAAUGUUACAGUUUAUGACGUUGUUCAGCAUGUUCCUGAACAAGAUGAAGAACAACAAGAAUUAAGUUCAUAAUGCUAAUAUGUUAAGAAAGCGAUGCAUGAAAAGAAAAAUGGAAGACAAAUUACAUCUGUUUCCGUAGAAAACCAACAAUUGCCUGCAGGAAAAAAAUUCUGACAUAUAAUACAAAUGCCACCUCAAAGUUAAAAAGCAAAAUGUUUUCUCAUGGACUGCAUUACUAACGGAAAUAGUUUAUGAUUACUGGUUAGACUGUAAAAGUAAUCUCUCCAAAGCUAGAGCAAAACGUUAAAGUGUGACAGGGUGUUCAACUAUUUUAUUUUAGAAUGGGGGGAUUGCCCAUUUUGCCUAAAGAGAUUGACAGUUUCAUUAUUUGUUUAAUGCAAAAAAUGUGCCUUAUUGUUUUACAUAAACCUAUACUGUCUAAAAAGGAAAAACAGUGGUAUGUUAGCAAGUACUAUAUAAGUACUAAGUGCAGUAUUUUUUUAAUAAAUAGCUGCUUUUUUUUUUUAACACCAGCACCAACUAAGGAUUUACCUGCAAUUAAAAUAAGGUCCAGAACUUCAACUGAUAUAGAUCAUAUUAUAAAUAGCAUUCUUUUCUAUAUCUAGGCAUUUAAUGCACGGAGUAUAAAAUAUGUUACUACCAGCAG